AUAUAAACGUUGUUAAAUGUUGAUGUUAUUAUUCAAUUGUAACACAAGCUUCAACAAAGUACAUACCCACCAACAAUCGACAUGAGUAAAUUCUUAGUGAUCUUUUUGAUUGUCCUUGUUUUGGGUUUCUCGGCAUCUUUGCCACAGAUAGAACAUGGUUCUUUAAAUGGACCUAGUGGUCGUUUUGAGCGUACAAAAAAUCAAGCUGCUCCUCCUGUUGAUCUCAGUUUACCACCUAUAUUCUUGCCAGAAUCCAUUCCCAUACAUGAGGAUGUUAAAGAAUUUCAUGGAAGUUAUUAAUUUAUAAUUUUGUUUGUUGUUAAUUUAAAUUAUUAGUAAAUUAAAUCCAUAAUUUAAGGAUAAAUAUAAUAUUU